GGCUGUCGAUAUUCUUUUGCAGCACGGAGCUUACGUGAAUGUUCAGGACGCAGUCUUUUUCACCCCCUUGCAUAUUGCUGCAUACUACGGCCACGAGCAGGUAACUCACCUCUUACUGAAGUUCGGAGCUGAUGUGAACGCAAGCGGUGAAGUUGGAGACAGACCUCUCCAUUUGGCUUCUGCCAAAGGCUUUCUCAACAUUACAAAGCUCUUGAUGGAAGAGGGAAGCAAAGCUGAUGUGAAUGCUCAGGACAAUGAAGAUCAUGUUCCUCUGCACUUCUGCUGUCGGUUUGGACACCAUGAAAUUGUGAAGUUCUUAUUGCAGAGCAGCUUCGAAGUUCAGCCCCACGUGGUGAAUAUCUACGGAGACACACCUCUACACCUCGCAUGCUACAAUGGGAAGUUUGAAGUUGUCAAGGAAAUAAUUCAGCUCUCAGGAACAGAAAGUCUGGCUAAGGAAAAUAUAUUCAGCGAAACGGCUUUCCACAGUGCUUGCACCUACGGAAAGAACAUAGAACUUGUAAAAUUUCUUCUUGACCAGAAUGUUGUGAGCAUCAAUCACCAGGGAAGAGAUGGACACACAGGAUUACACUGUGCUUGCUACCACGGUCACAUCCGACUCGUACAGUUUUUACUGGAUAAUGGAGCCGACAUGAAUCUGGUAGCUUGUGAUCCCAGCAGGUCCAGUGGAGAAAAGGAUGAACAGACCUGUUUGAUGUGGGCUUAUGAGAAAGGUCAUGAUGCCAUUGUGACCCUCCUGAAGCACUAUAAGAGACCUCAGGAUGAGUCACCCUGUAACGAGUACUCGCAGCCUGGAGGAGAUGGUUCCUAUGUGUCAGUUCCAUCCCCACUAGGGAAGAUUAAAAACAUGACUAAAGAAAAGGCAGAUGUUCUGCUCCUCCGUGCCGGUUUGCCAUCGCAUUUCCAUCUUCAGCUCUCUGAAAUAGAGUUCCAUGAGAUUAUUGGCUCAGGGUCUUUUGGAAAAGUAUAUAAGGGACGAUGCAGAAAUAAAAUCGUUGCAAUCAAACGCUAUCGAGCCAACACCUACUGCUCCAAAUCUGAUGUAGACAUGUUCUGCCGUGAGGUUUCCAUUCUCUGCCGACUGAACCACCCGUGUGUCAUCCAGUUUGUGGGAGCUUGCUUGGACGACCCCAGCCAGUUUGCGAUCGUCACCCAGUACAUCUCUGGAGGAUCGCUCUUUUCCCUGCUUCACGAGCAGAAGAGAACUCUUGAUCUGCAGUCUAAGCUAAUCAUUGCCGUGGAUGUUGCCAAAGGCAUGGAGUACCUUCACAACCUCACUCAACCAAUCAUACACCGUGAUCUGAACAGUCACAACAUUCUCCUGUAUGAGGACGGCCAUGCAGUUGUCGCUGAUUUUGGAGAAUCUAGAUUUUUGCAAUCCCUGGAUGAAGACAACAUGACAAAACAACCUGGGAACCUUCGCUGGAUGGCCCCCGAGGUGUUCACCCAGUGCACAAGGUACACCAUCAAAGCUGACGUUUUCAGCUACGCCUUGUGCCUCUGGGAGCUGUUAACAGGAGAAAUUCCAUUUGCUCACCUGAAACCAGCAGCGGCGGCAGCAGACAUGGCGUACCACCACAUCCGCCCGCCCAUCGGCUACUCCAUCCCCAAGCCCAUCUCCGUGCUGCUGAUGAGGGGCUGGAACGCCUGUCCCGAGGGGAGGCCGGAGUUUUCAGAAGUAGUCACCAAAUUAGAGGAAUGUCUGUGCAAUAUCGAGUUAAUGUCUCCAGCCUCCAGCAACAGCAGUGGUUCCCUGUCUCCUUCCUCAUCCUCAGACUGUCUCAUCGCACGCGGGGGUCCCGGCCGCAGCCACGUCGCAGCGCUGCGCAGCCGCUUCGAGCUGGAGUACGGCCUGGACGCGCGAGCGUACGCCGCCUGGUCACAGAGGUACGGACCCACCGCGGCCGCACUGGCUCCAAGACGG